AAGCCUUGCUGCUGGCCCCUGGGCCGGGAGGUUUAAGCAGAUGCUGAGCUGUGGAUAAACUGAGAGCGGGAGAAACUGCAUUUGGAGCUGGAGUACAGUACUGACAUAAUAUUCAGUAACUGAGCUGAACAGAAAAGUAAUGGCUUCAAAUUUUAAUGACAUUGUCAAGCAGGGAUAUGUGAAGAUUCGUAGCAGACGCUUAGGGAUUUAUCAGAGAUGCUGGCUCGUGUUGAAGAAGGCCUCCAGCAAAGGCCCAAAGCGAUUGGAGAAGUUUUCCGAUGAACGAGCUGCAUAUUUCAGAUGCUAUCACAAGGUUACAGACCUCAGUAAUAUAAAGAAUGUGACAAGGCUACCAAAGGGCACUAAGAGGCAUGCUGUACUCAUCAUCUUCAGUGAUGAUACUUCAAAAACCUUUGCAUGUGAGUCAGAGCUUGAGGCUGAGGAAUGGUGCAAGCUCCUGCGCAUGGAGUGUCUGGGAAGCAGACUCAAUGACAUUACCCUUGGAGAACCUGAUUUGUUGACAGCUGGUGUUCAGAGAGAACAAACAGAGAGGUUCAAUGUCUAUUUAAUGCCAUCUCCUAAUCUGGAUGUACAUGGAGAAUGCACAUUACAGAUAACGUAUGAGAAUAUCUGUCUUUGGGAUAUCCACAACCCCCGACUAAAACUGGUCUCGUGGCCCCUCAGUGCACUCAGACGAUAUGGGCGGGACCCAACUUGGUUCACAUUUGAAGCUGGCAGAAUGUGUGACACUGGUGAAGGAUUAUUUACCUUCCAAACAAGAGAAGGUGAAGCAAUUUACCAGAAAGUGCAUUCUGCGGCACUGGCCAUCGCAGAACAACACGAGCAGAUGCUACAGAGGGAGAAAAAUUCACGGCAUCAGAUCAAAGGGAAUGAAAGAACGGCCUCAUUGGGUACAAUAAUGCCUCUUCCUCGGAGUGCCUACUGGCAACACAUUGCAAGACAACAUAGUGUAAACCAGCUCCAUAUCUUUGAAGAUGACUCAUAUCCACUGAGGAUUCCUCGUGCAGAAACUAUCCCCAGUUACAGCUCACAGCACUGACAAAUACUUCCCAAAACUGGAACAUUUUCAAUGGCUCUGCUUCAGACUUUGACAUUGAACUUGCUCGACGAAGCAACGAAACAUGCAAGAGGAAUAUGGAACAAAAUGGACCGGGGCUUGAAGGAUAUUUACAGCCUCUUUUCUUUUACAAGUUCACACUUCCUCUUCAAGAGUUGGAGUAACUCAAAGGGGAAGGAGGAUUGAAGACAAUGAAUAGAAAGGGAGGUUUGCUUUUUCUAAAGAUUUUGAGCUUGUGUUCCAAAAAGUACAGCAUCAUUUCCAACCAUGACAAUCAAGUAUUUUUGUUAAACAUGAAGAUUCAAGACUGUGCUGAUUGACCAGCAUCAC